UACAAAUUUUCAGUUAAAAUGUCCCCAACAAUUUUACAAAAAAUAUUUUUUCCCUACAAACACUCAACAGAACUUCAACAAAAAAGGAAAAGGCGCAAGUUUACACGUGUCCGAUGGGCUUUAACUUUAAUUAUUGGAAUUUGUUUUUUUGUUGUUUAUGUAAUGUUUUAUGCUUGGAUUGAUACUAAUUUAAUUCAACAAAGGGAGGGAGUCUUUCCUGAUGGGUAA